AGUCGAAUCACCAAGUACACACUUUUGUAUUCAUUCGCAGGCCGGAACUAUUCAACAUGGGCGCCGGUUGCUCUCACGGUGACCUGACAGUUCAGGGCUUCGGUGACGUUCCCAGCUUUAAAAUUGUCCUUGUCGGUGACCCGGAGGUUGGCAAGAGCAGUGUGUUUAUGCGCUACUUCAAGAAUCAGUUCGAUUACAGUUACAGAACAACAACUUCAGUCAGUAUAGAGAAUGUUGUGAAGAAAUUGAAUGUGCCAGAGCACAUUGUUGUAUCAGUGACCAUCUGGGACUUACCAGGCAGUGAGGAGGUGGACCUCCGGAAGAGCUACUACCAAGAUGUGGAUGCUGCGAUAGUCGUUGUCAAUGUUGCUGACAAGGAGAGCAUAGAGCUGGCUGGGACAUGGAGACAAGACAUCCACAAUCACGCGGUCGUCUCGACGAAAAGGGUGGAGAAGAAUGGCAAGGUGUCAAAGGUCAUUACGGAGUACGAGAAAGCUGACCCUGCACAGUUGCCGGUGUUGUUACUGGGAAAUAAGUAUGAUAUUAUUGAAGAACGAGAGGCCUUGAAGGAAGCAUCUGAAGAAGUUGAAGAAAAUCAAGAAAAGCCAGAAAAGGCAGAAACCGACACAAAACAAACACAAUUCAUCCUCAGCGACCAAAAAGAGCCUUCGAAAAAGACACCCCAGAGAGAAAGCUCUGGGGAAGAAAAGAAAGAUGCAGAGAAGGAGUACACCAGCGGAGCUGAGUCUCCCGUGAUGCAGGGCAAGAAGGAGAGUGGGGAAGCAGGGGAGGGACAGGAUGUGACUGUCUGGAAGUAUGAGGAUGAGCAUGAGCCGGAAGUUGAGCUCCCGGAGGAAGUUGAGCUGCUUGAAGCAGCAGCGGAGCAGCAUGGCUUUGUAGGGAGUGUUGCAGUCUCGGCCAAGAACUCAGACGGGGGCGUCCACACGGCCAUCCAGGCCCUGAUCCGCCAUCUCCUAGAGCGCAAACUCAAAGACAAAGCCCUGCAAAAGAUGGAGGCCAUCGAGGUCAAACGGCACAAGAAGAAAAGGUCAAAGGUCAAGAAGACUAACCCUGAUGACUUCCAGCCUCUGGAUAAGACAGAAGUUGCGGAGAUGGACAAGUUGUUCAUGCAAAGCAACUGGAGCCUGAGCAGGGUGCACGAGACGACCCUGGCGUAUCGCCAAGCAGUGAAGCAGUUUAAGAAGGACUGUCUUCAGGCAGAGAUUGUGGAAGGACCCAAGUGUUCCAUAGAGGAUUGUAUCAGUGGAUUGAAAGCGGCGAUGGCGGAGCAGAGUCUGGAAUUACUGACUGAAGACAAGGCUGGUUUUCUGGAGUUCGUAGUGAAGGGAGAGAUCAUCUUCGAAGAGGAAAAAUCAGAAGACAUCAAGAUGAUUAUGGACACCUUCCAAUCCGAGUUGGUGGUAGCAUGCCAGGCUGUCCUGAAGGGCAACCCGACGGCCGAUGCCGACCUGAUCCGAAUGGAUGCCAAGAUUAGCGACAGGUGCUCCCACCUGUGGGAGCUAGCAGAGAAAGCGGGGCCCCUGACGCCUCAAGAGAAGAAGAGAAUACAAGACAGGGUGGACUACAAUCGGGCACGGAUCAGGCAGGCCCAUAUGCAGGCGAAUCAAAGCCUGCAAGAUGUGGACGGUUUAUACAAGAAAAUCAAAGCUGCUAUGAUGUGGUGAGAGUUCAAAGAGUGACGGCUGCUUGUGCAGGGAACUCAAAGAAUGUGAGACUGUGAUGGGCUUCACAAGAAAUCAAAGUUGCUAUUGACUCUGUGCGCCAACAAGAGAGGGCGCUUUUUAACCACUUUCUAGAACCCAUGGACAGGACGCACGUGAUGUAUCCACUAGAACGCGUACCUAUAGCACGGAGUACGCCCCACUUAUGUUAUUCUGAAUGUACACAAGCUUUUAGCGUCUUUGCGUGAGCAUCAGGCAUCGCCAGCAAUGCAUUCUCUCCCAGUGGUCUUCCCCAACUCUCCCUUUCUUACCGUUGAGGGGGUGCUUGUUUACGGAGCCCAUGCUGUGCCACUGUUGCAGUCAAGUCCAUCACAAGUCAUUUAGUCCAAAAAAUCAAGUCACAAUCUAUUCAAAUGAACUGUAACAAAGGCAUUCCAUUGUUAUUGUUCAUCCCCUGUGAGCGGACUUGUGAUGGGCUCAACUGCAAAUUGUGCUGUGGUGAGAGAAAUUUGAAGAAUGACUUUGUCAAAUGUGCGGAAAGUACUGGAAUACUGGAGCCUUUUUUUAUAAAACGUGAAUCUUGAAUAAAAUAACUUGGGACGGUUUCUACAUCUCCCAAUCCAUUUCCCAGGUUUUUUGGAACCACACACACCAUGGGUUAGAGAUCUUAACUUUCUUAAGAACAAUCAACUCUUGAAUAAUUUUGCAAUUCAUGUAGGUGGUUAACAAUGCAGACCAUUAACGUCAACGGAAGACUCAUACAGCAUCAUUUCUGUCCUGUGCCUACCCAUGCAGUGUGUGGCUUUAAUCUUUCAGAUCUUGUGCCUAAUCCAUGAGGUGCUCUCUAUUGUUUGCUCUUGGAGUCCAUAAGUAAAGGAACACAUUAAACAUGUAUUUUGUUUGUGUAAUCCAGGUAAAAUGCUAACUCUUUGGAAUCAUUUAUUUUCCGUCCAAUUUACAAAAGUACAGUUUAUAUAUUACAAGUUCUGAUAUAGUUUGUACAUGUAUAUAUUUGCAGAAUAGUAAUUGUAUAGAGAAAUGGCAAAUACACUGUAUCUAAGAUAGCAGAGAAUUAUUUUCGUUAUUUCUUUUAGAUCAUUGUAUUUUUUUAAACGCAAUGUUAACUACAAAAAAGCCGUCCAGUUUUGAUAAAUUUAGUUUUUUUAAGAACAAAUUUUAGUAUCAUGAUGAAAAUACUUCCAUUCCAAUAGAUAUGCAAUGAUGAAAUUGCAAUUGACAUUAAUAAAUAAAUGAAUAAAUGAUCUACAGCUAAACACUUCAUAAUUUAA